AAAAAAAAAAAAAAAAAAAAAAAAAAAAAAAUUGAAAAGACUAUAUAGAAGAGACCUUAUCUAUAUAUUAACACACAUAUAUUCAUCUAUUAAUAUAUUAUAUAUCAUUGUAGAUAAUACAUUUUCUCGCAAUACACCGAAAUUGCUAACCUUAUCCGUCACCUUAUCUGAAACCCCACUUGUAGGACUCAAUGGGAAUGCUGGUAUCAAUGGUGUUAUAAGUACUAGUGGUAUUGCUGGUGACGGAUCAUCAUCUAAUCAAUACGAACUUACUGGAUGGCUAUUGAAAAAACGACGUAAGAAAAUGCAGGGAUGGGCUAAACGUUGGUUUCGAUUAUCGCCUUCGGGAGUAUUGUCCUAUUCGACAUCCCCUACCGGUGUGCCUCGAGGAUUGAUCCAAAUUCGAAUUUCCACCAUCACUCAUCAACCAAAAUCACGUACGAUACAUAUUGAUUCUGGUACUAUGAUUUAUCAUUUGAAAGCAUUGACACCUGAAGAUCAUGAAACCUGGACGAAACAUUUGAAAAAGCAUCGAGCUUCAGGUCUGGAAACUGAAGUGGAAAGUUUUGAAGAAUGGCGACAUAAGCGUCAAUCUCGUCAUGUCUCGGCUAUCGCCAAGGAAAAAGCUAAAAUUGAUAUCAACAGAGGAUUACAAGGUAGUCAGCAAGUGAAGGAAAAAUUGGAAUGUUUGGACCAAUGGAUUCAGAAAGGAUUCGCAAACAAUCAUCCCGACGAAAAAAGUACCUGGAUGGCUCGAUUGGUUCAACUCAAAGAUGAUUUGGAAAUAGCGAUUGAACGUCAAGAUCAACAAUGGUCUGUGGUGCAAGAAACUGUAUUACAAGGGGAUCCAUUCAAUCUCAACAGGAGUAGUGGUGCUUCGUCUCCUCUCUCCACCGUAAGCCACGCUGUCACUACUGUCAAUCCUUUAGUGAAUGAUGAAAGUUCUACUUCUGGUCUGCGUCGUAGUACUACCAUAGUGUCUCAUGAUUCUACAUUUUCGGAUGAAUUUUACGAUGCAGAGGACGCCGUAUUGAGUCUUAGUGAAGAAGAAAAUGAUGGUGGAGAAAACGAACAUGUUGAAGAAGCUGCAGAUACUACUGAAGAUGACGAAGAAGAAGAAGAGGAAGAAGAGGAAGAACAAGAAAGACAUGAAAAUCAACAAGAAAACAAAGACUGGACCCAGCAAGUUCUAGAAUGCCCGCAUCGUCGUCAUCGUUUACCUUCGCCUGCUGUUGGAGAUGUUGGUUCUGCUUUAUCAGUAUUUCGUAAAAAUGUAGGCAAGGAUUUAUCUACCAUUGCCAUGCCUGUCAGUAUGAAUGAACCUUUGAAUAUCCUUCAAAAAGCAUGUGAAGAAUUGGAAUACUCAGAACUGUUAGAUAAAGCUUGCUUGUUAUCGGCGCCAAUGGAACGACUUAUGUACAUUACCAUUUUUGCAAUUUCUAGUUAUACCUCUUCUCAAUAUCGAACUGGUCGAAAGCCUUUUAAUCCUAUGAUGACGGAAACUUAUGAAAACAUUCGACCUGAUAAAGGAUUCCGAUUUAUAUCAGAAAAAGUAUCUCAUAAUCCAUUGAUUAUUGCUGCUCAUGCUGAAUCGAAGAAUUACAAAUAUUGGCAGUGUACCAAGAUCAAAAGCAAGUUCUGGGGGAAAUCUAUGGAAUUCAUGACAGAAGGUGUUUAUCAUGUCAAUUUAACUGGUCACGAUGAUCAUUAUACCUAUUCCAAACCAAGUAGCUGGAUGCGUAAUAUGAUUGCUGGUGAAAAAUAUUUGGAACAUGCUGGUGAGAUGAAGGUAACAAAUCAUACGACGGGUGACUAUGCAAUAGUAACUUUCAAGGAAGGUACUGGUGGUGGAUUAUUUGGUGCACCAACAAAUCGAAAUGACAUUAUAGCAACCUUUUAUACAAGUAACAAUAAAAAGGUACGACGUGUAGUAGGCAAAUGGAGUGAUAAAUUAGCGGAAGAAGUAGAUAUGAACAAACGGCAAUUAUCUGUAUUAUGGACUGCCAAUUCGCCUGGUGUAGAAAAUUAUGCGGAUUAUUAUGGCUUUACUCGAUAUUGUAUGGAAUUGAAUGAAAUCACUACCUUGGAAAAGGAUAAAUUACCUAUCACGGAUACUCGAUAUAGACCUGAUCAGCAUUUGUAUGAACUUGGACGAGUGGAUGAAGCAGAUGCGGAAAAACAACGUAUAGAACAAAAGCAAAGAGAACGUCGAAAAGAAUUUGAACAGAAAGGCAUUCCAUGGAAACCUCGUUGGUUCGCUUUGCAACAAGAUCAAUAUAAUGAACCUGAUUUCAUCACUCCUGAUGGUACUGUGGGUGAAUCUUGGGUCUUUACUAAUCAGUAUUGGAAUGCAAGAGAAUCUGGACAAUGGCCUAAAGAUAUGUUCUCAUUGUGGUAGUUGUAUCAACAGAUAUGAAUUGAAAAUUUUAUAGAUUUAUGUAUUUAUAAAUAAUAAACCACGAUAUCUUAUUUUUGAUUUUUUCUAAAAAAAAAGAUA